AAGUCAAUUACUAUCAGCAACAUCGGAAGCCGAUGAGCUUGAGAAAGAUCACCCGAAAAGUGUACGUGGAUGAGGGUUAGAUAGAAAGUAAAGAUAAGAUCAAUACGUAUAGUCAUGCUUUUGGUUCAUCUGCUAUUACCGUCCCCUUUCUGCAACAUCAGCAAGACCGCUCGAGUUUAGCACGUUUACUGGUUACCGCAUGGUUUCUCCCAAACCAUGAGGUGGCAGCAGAGCAACGUUUGCAUGUUUGCCGUGUGGCAGCUACAGACGCGACGAUCUGUUUGAUCUUACCCGCUGCAUGUAUGUACUUCCCGCUUCCAUGUUCGGUUGGCCUUUAUAGCUAACUGAAGCACAUGAAAGAGGGAGAGGGAGAGGAGGAGGAGGAGGAGGAAACGAGAGCAGCAGAAAAAGAUGCAGUCUGGAAAACAGAAGAUCAAGGACAUGGCCAGUGCGGCCAAGGAGCAUGUCGACAUCUACGAGGCCAAACUCGAGGAGAAGGCGGAGAAGGCUGCAGCAAGGACGCCGGAGGAGAAAGAGAUGGCCCAUGAGCGGAGGAAGAUGAAGGAGGCCCAGGCCAAGAUGGAUCUCCACCAGGCCAAGGCCAGGCAUGCUGCCGAGAAGUUGGUUGGCAAGCAAGCACACGUUUAUGGUCACGUCCAUGAGCCACCAGCUCCGGGUACAGCUCACUAUGGCACCACCCAGCCAGCAGCCCACCAGCCAGUCGGAUCUGCUGAUCCAGUGACCGGAACUGCGGUCCCGACGUACCCACUCGGAGGCCACCCGACAGGACGUAAAUAUAAGUAGUUGCUUCCUUUAAGGAGGUUCUGGACUAGUAAUGUUCUGUUUGUGGAUUUCUUAGCUUACUGGUGGUCAGAUGGUUCUGUUUGGAGAUAAGACAACAGAAGAUCUAUGAAAUGUGUACGGUUUGCCUUAUUUAUGCAUCGUAUUAGAAAGUUCAAAUCA